UGGAUUUGUAAUUUCCCUUCCUUUUGCGUAAAGAGAAUACAAACAGUUCUGAAGUGGCUUUUUCUAAGAUCGGAAGUGUCUUGAAGGAGCUGCCAAGAGCGGCUGCCGGUCCUCCCUCGCCGCAGGGCGUGCCGGGCACCUCGGGGAAGAUUCAGCAAAGACUUUGCUCCCGGGGAGCUCCAGCUUCCGCCUUCUUUUGCUGCACCUGGCGGGGUAGCGCUGCGAGAAGACCCGCUGCUGCCGGAGCCUCUUCAGCCUCGGGAAAGACUUUGGCUCUGGUGUUUGAGUCUGAUUUAAUAUUCCAGUUUCCAUGGACAAGUGGCGAAAGCUCCUAGGCAGGGUACGAACUUCAGAUUCAGAACGUUACACCCAACCGAGAUCCUUCACUGAGGUUUCUACUGAAGACUUUGCUGGCGAAUAUGGUUUUGAGUUGGUACUCCUGAAGUUGCAGUAUUCACAGAUUCUGAACAGGCUAUAUUGUCUAAAAGGCAUACCUUACCCUGUCCUUGUGAGGGUGUGCAGCCCGCCACCUCCUCGGUCCAUCAUCCGUGCCAUGACUGUGUACAAUAAUGGUGUAGCUGAUGUGGUGGAAUACGCAAAAAAGGCAUCGGGACACAGAACUGAUGUGCCCCACCUUGAGCACCCAAUCCAGGUGGAAGGGAAUCAACAUGCCCGGUACUUCACUGACAAGAAGACAGCAUUCAAGAGUGUCACUGUCCCUUAUGAAAGUCCUGAGGAAGGAUCAUUGUACACCAUCAUCCUGUACAGAUUUAUGUGCCUACGUGGCUGUGUUUCGUGCACAUGUUGGCAGAAUUUCUUGAUAGUGAUCACUCUUGAAUCCCAGAAAGGGCAGAUUCUUGGGCGUAGCUGUUUUGAAGUCAGGGUGUCUUCCAUGCCCGGAUUAGACCUCAUGAGAGAUGAAGGAAAGGCUUUGGAAGAGAAAACUAUUGUCUAUGAAAACCAGUUGGAGCUGAUACGCUGCGUCUCUAAUGUACCUGAAGUCUUGCAUGAAUUGGUUGGUGAUGUUUUGAACAGGGCUCAAUACAAAGACAUUAUGUGUGAGCCCACAGAUGUGUUAAGGAUGCAGAAGUUGUUUGAGGAGGUGUUGAUAAGGAAUGAGAGAUAUCAAGUCUGUUUCUACCUGGUGCUACAGAAGACAAACCGGGGUCUUACGAACAAACUGUUUGGAGGACAUUUUUUGGAACGGCACCAAAAAAAACUGAUUGAAAAAGUCUCUAGGAUGGGCAUUGUAUUACCUCGACUAUUAGGUUUUGUCCUGAAUGAUGAUGACUAUCACUGCAUUGGGACUGAGAAGACAGAUGCGGGCAAGAUGGCGAAGUUAUUUGAGUUGAUGCCAGGAUGGGACAGAGCACAGAAGGAUCAACUCUACCAGGAGCUGAUUGAAACAAAUGGGCUUCUUAUCACAUCCCUUGAGGCCAAAGCAGAAGAGUAUGAAAGACAACCAGAAGUGUAUGAGGCUUACAGUUCUCCAUUCAUGUCUAACGGGGAACAUUUUGUUGAGAGGCACCAAGAAGAACUGAUUCGCUGUGCUGUAGGCGUGGAUGUUAUAGUAGAAUCUCUGGAGAUCUGUGCUGUGAUAACAUUUAAUCAAAUGCAAGACAUCGGAGGUACCAGUCAACAACGAAUGCAGAAACUGUAUAAAUUGAUGCCAAAGUGGACAACUUCCCAAAAGGAUCAGAUGUGUGAAAUCCUGAGAUGCACAAACAGACGACUUCUUAUGCAACUUGAAGGGGGCCAUUUUGUGGACAGACAUCUGGAGGAGCUCAUCGAACAAGUGACAGUGGUUCCCCUAAACCUAAACCUGCUUCUUAGGUUGGCACUGGAUGAGGUGCAAGAUGUGACUGACUCGCAAUGCACCACAGAGAAGAUGCAAAUGAAAGCCCUGUUCCAGAUGGUGCAGGAGUUGAAGAGGCAGCAGAAAGAUGAGCUGUACCAAGACUUGGUGGAAACAAAUCCAAAUGUUGUCAAAGUUCUAGAGGAGGAACACUUUAUCGAAAAACAUGAGGAAGAAGUGAUUUGGCGAACCUGUAGGGUCAACACUGUCUUGCGGUGGCUCCAUGAUCCACAUUUGCAGUGGAUCACAGAGGAUCAACAUUCCUUGAUAAAGGCAGAUUCAGACCAUCAGAAAAUGCGUGACUUGUACAAGCUGGUGCCAAAAUGGAAUAGGAAGCAGAAGGACCAUCUUUACGCUGUGCUGAAGAAAACAAAUGGACCCCUGAUUGCUGACCUUGAAGAGGGGCACUUUGUUGAGAGGCACAAGGAGUACUUGAUGAAAAGCAUCACUGGAGUAAGAACAGUUGCAUCCUCGUUAAGGAAACAGUUUACAAUCACCCAUCGUCUGUAUGCUGGCAUCUUGAGGAAGGACACAACCAAGGAAAUAAUGGAGGCGAUCUAUGAAAUGGUGCCAAGCUGGAAUGGAGAACAGAAGAAUAAUCUAUACCGGGCAUUCAGGAGGCAAAAUGCAUCCCUGAUCAAGGAACUUGAGAGUAAGUGUGAGGACUCCCAACUCACAGCUAUGACUGAGGCACUGAUUGGCAUCUUCAUUUGCACAGUCGCCAUUUAG